CUUUCUUCUCUUACCACAUAUAUCGAUCAAUUACGGGAUAUAUCACACGGAACCCGCUUUAAUCCGUCUUCCUCGCAUCGCUUGUCUAUAAUACAGGAAACACUCGCCCUUCGUGUUCGGUUCACCUCACACGGAAUUUUGCGAACGAGUAAACUUGGCAAAGUCCAUCGCGCAAUCAAAGAUGUCGCAACGAUUCAAAGUCGAUGAAUCUUCAGUACCGGCCAUUUUCCAAGCACAAUGGCAACAAAAUUCAGACCCAACGGCGCUACCAUUUCCGCGCGAUAACCCACCGUUUCAACUCACACCUAUCGACUGGCACCAACUUUCCUUAGCCGAUACAGACUUCACACCGCACUCCUGGUCAAACCUACACCAUCUCAUAUCAACAGGUCAACUCGAAGAGUUGAAACGCUGGCCAAGCGCUCUGAAAGCAUAUUUAGCCUGGACGGCGCACGUGAAGGAGAAGUAUGGAAGCGUGAUGCCAUAUCUCCUCCAGCAGCGCCUGCUCUGGGAACCGAUUGAGGAUCAGACGGGAGCGCUUCGGUUCGAAGUACGAAAUCCGGUUCCUUUUGCAAAUACGGAGGAUUUUAAGAUUCUGAGAAAUGACUGGGGCUAUGCGUUUGAGCGCGGCAUUCGACACAUCGUGGUGUGGUUGAAGCAGCGGCUACCGGUGGAUGAGGAAGGCGGUUUGAGCCAGGAAGGGCGAUCUAUGGUGGAAGAUUAUGUGAGGAAGGAGUUUAGGGAAAAGGUGGGAGAGAAAGAGGAAGGAAGCAAGAUCAUCUGGUUCAAGAAUACGACCAAUCUGCAGAGUGUGAGGAGCUUGGAGCAUGUGCACGUCCUAGUCAGAGAUGUGGAUGAAGCGGUCUUGCAGCAGUGGAUGAGAUGAGUCUCUUUGUGGAGGCAAGUACGUCGGCCCAUCUCUCGCAGGCACGACUGUACGACGAUAGCCAAAAUAAACCGUACCAAACGACUCAUCCAAAUGAAAGCAGUACACACCCAU